UCGACCGGAGGAAUUUAAACGGUGUGAGCCGGAGGCUGGAGGCUGCCGGAGGUUGUUCCGUCUCAGGAGGUUUAUCACAGCCCAGGAAAGGGCUCAGCCUGCGGACUGGAGUCCCGGAUCCAGCCGGACGAGCUAACCUUUGAUUCCUGGACUGUUCCGGACUCACAGCCAUCCGGGACCCGCUACAGCCUGUCGGUCGUCUGGACGUCGCGGUGGGUUGAUGUAUGAGGUCACGAUGCGUCGCCGCCGCCUCCUGCUGCUGCUGCCCUGCAUCCUGCUGCUGCUGCUGCAGCUUCCUGCAGCUCAGAGCCGACCGGCCACCGAGGACGCCGACGCAGGUGACGCCCUGAAGUCCUCCGAGGACGAAGAAGACGACGAGUCCUCCUCGGAGGAGAACAAGCUGUCCAACGAGCUGUCGACGAGCAACGAGAAGCUGCAGCCGCUGGCGCCGCAGUGGGUGACGCCGGACAAGAUGGAGAAGCAGCUGCACGCCGUCCCGGCCAGCAAGACGGUCAAGUUCAGGUGCCAGGCGACUGGAAACCCGGUUCCCUCGCUGCGCUGGUACAAGAACGGGAAGGAGUUCAGGAAGGACCAGAGGAUCGGAGGCUUCAAGAUCAGAGACCACAUGUGGACUCUGAUCAUGGAGUCAGUGGUUCCCUCCGAUAAAGGAAACUACACCUGUGUGGUGGAGAACGAGUACGGGAGCCUGAAGCACACCUACCUGCUGGAUGUAGUCGAACGUUCUCCUCACAGGCCGAUCCUGCAGGCCGGACUUCCAGCCAACCAGACCGCGGUCGUCGGCACCAACGUCGAGUUUGUCUGUCGAGUUUUCAGCGACCCGCAGCCUCACAUCCAGUGGCUCAAACACAUCACGGUCAACGGCAGCAGAGAAGGACCGGACGGACACCCGUACGUCCUGGUUCUGAAGACUGCAGGUCUGAACACGACGGACAAAGAGAUGGAGGUGUUGACUCUGAGGAACGUGACUCUGGACGAUGCAGGUGAAUACACCUGCCUGGCGGGGAACUCCAUCGGCGUGUCGCAUCACUCGGCGUGGCUCACGGUGGUCAGCGACCUGCCGCCGUCGCCGCUGCCCUCCCAGACCUACCUGGAGAUCUUCAUCUACUGCCUCGGCUUCUUCAUCAUCGUCAUCCUCACCGCCACCGCCGUCGUCUGCCGGCUCUGCUGCGCCCCGAGGAAGAGCGACUUCAGCAGCCAGCUGGCCGUCCAGAAACUGGCCAAGAGCAUCCCUCUGAGGAGACAGGUUUCAGUCGAGUCCUCGUCCUCGCUGCAGUCGGGGAUGUGUUUGAUGCGUCAGUCCCGACUCUCCAGCGCCGCCACCACCAUCCUGGCAGGAGUGUCGGAGUACGAGCUUCCCUACGAUCCGGUUUGGGAGCUUUCUCGAGAUCGGCUGACUCUGGGGAAACCUCUGGGCGAAGGCUGCUUCGGUCAGGUGGUUCUGGCCGAGGCCGUCGGGAUCGACAAAAACAAACCCACUCGCCUCACAAAGGUGGCCGUGAAGAUGCUGAAAGCCGACGCCACUGAGAAGGAUCUGUCCGACCUGAUCUCUGAAAUGGAGAUGAUGAAGAUGAUCGGCAAACACAAGAACAUCAUCAACCUGCUGGGCGCCUGCACUCAGGACGGUCCUCUGUACGUGGUGGUGGAAUACGCCUCGCAGGGGAACCUCCGGGAGUAUCUUCGUGCCCGCCGCCCGGCCGGGUUGGAGUACUGGAGCGGGUCGCGGCAGGCGUCGCUGGGCAGCGUGGAGGUCCGAGAUCUGGUGUCGGCCGCCUACCAGGUGGCCAGAGGGAUGUCUUACCUGGCGUCAAAGAAGUGCAUCCACAGAGAUCUGGCAGCCAGAAACGUCCUCGUCACCGAAGAUAACGUGAUGAAAAUCGCCGACUUCGGUCUGGCUCGAGACAUCCACCACAUCGACUACUACAAGAAGACGACAAACGGUCGGUUGCCGGUGAAGUGGAUGGCUCCUGAAGCUUUGUUCGAUCGUAUCUAUACGCACCAGAGUGACGUCUGGUCCUUCGGCGUCCUGCUGUGGGAGAUCUUCACCCUCGGCGGGUCUCCGUACCCCGGAGUCCCCGUCGAAGAGCUCUUCAAGCUGCUGAAGGAGGGACACCGGAUGGAGAAGCCUUCAGCCUGCACCCAGGAGCUGUAUCUGAUGAUGAGGGACUGUUGGCACGCCGUCCCGUCCAGACGACCCACUUUCCAGCAGCUGGUGGAAGAUUUAGAUCGGACGCUUUCUCUCAUGGCCAACCAGGAGUACCUGGACCUGGCCGUCCCUCUGGUCCAGUACUCUCCGGUCCAGUACUCCUCGGUCGGCCCAUCGGUCCGUUCCUGUUCCUCCACAUAGUCGCCGUGGGACCUUCCCUCCUUCGUCCCGUUUCCUGAGCAGCGCUUGGCGGCGGCGGCGGUCCGAUUCCAGGCCGAGCUGAGGAACUCAGAGGAGCUGCUUCACCGCAGCCUGAUGUGAAGAACAUCUGGACUGAGCUGCACUGAGCUGGACUCCCCCUCAGAGGCCUCCGGAAACACAACUUCUCCUCCAGAAGGGUGGAAAGACACUGACAGGAGACCAGCUGAGUCCUGAGCAUCCAACCGGUGUAAAUACUGUAAAUACAAGCUCGCGUUGUACAGAAACCAAACUGGAUUUAUUAGAGACACAUGACGGAUAAAUAAAGUGGACAGAAGACCAGAAAAUACACAACAGGAUGUAGAAAUCAAUCUAUAAAUGUACAACUCACAUGACAUCAGCAGGAAACCAUCAUUUAUAGACCAACUUCUCCGUUUUCUGUGUGCAUUUUAUUUAUUUUUCCUGUGCCGUGAUGUUGUGACGUUGCCAAAGAUGAUGUUAAAGUCGAUGUACAACUUGCACUUAUCCUCCAGCAGUUACACAACAUGCUUCUCCAUGAAUGUGUAAAAUAACUGAUUAACAGUAUUAAAACGUUUGUGAAUUUUUAAA